AUGACAUCUCGACGAGCCGGGGGCGAGGGGUCCAAUGGAAGAGCUCCUCCAAGUCCCUCGAGCGGUGGGUCAGAGGACAAUGGAUUUGUGAAUCGUCCAAGAGUUAUUGGAGUAUAUGUUAAGAAUUUAAGUCGCCAGGAGUUGGAUUGCUUCGUUGAAGAGGAUAUUUAUGGACUUUCUGGCAGUCCAAGUUCAUCUAAUACUGAUACUACCACAGCUACAACUUCAACUACGACUACAACUACAGCUGAAACUACUGCUGGUAUUACUGCGAGUGGAAGAGAAGGUGCGUCCCAGUCAUCAUCAUCUUCUACGUCACCAUCAUCCACAACAUACUCAAUAUCUACGAGAACAUCUCUGUCGGGCAGGAGGUUCAGUCAGAGUACGAGGAGCUCGAGGGAGUUGAGAAGACGUCGGCAGGAAGAGGCCGAACGUCUUCGGAGGUCUGCUGAUACUGGAGAUGAUAGGAGGAGUAGUGGCAGAGAGAGAACCGAGAUGGAUGAUCGACACGAGGAGCUUGAUGACCCACGUGGAAGAUCCUCACAGAACAGCAACGAGCACUCGGAGGACGACUCCUCGAGGCUCUCACCCAGUGGCUACGAGGUUUUUGACCAGGAAGACAGUUCCGAGAGGACGAUACGUCAGUACGCUGAUGAUUCGGAGCCGGACAUUGUUCUGGAGACUGACGUGAGCGAGAGGAGAGACGAGGGGAAGCGAGCUGAUAAAAUUGACCACGAGUCGGAUUUCUCAGGGCUGUUUCCGCGAUGCUUGCCACGAUCUCAGCAAACGCUGGAUGACGAUGAGCCUCAUCCGAUGGAUCGUGCUGUUGAUGACCUGGACAAAGGUGGAGAGGUCAGAGUCAAGUCGCGGUUCCGGUCCCAGGACAGCACGAGACUGAGACCUCCGUUGGUGGGCACUGCUGGCACCUCUGCUGACUCGGGUACUGGGGACUCAGCCAGUGCUGAGAUCCAGGUUGACACUCUCGGCACGCCGCAGCAAACUGCCGGGGACGUGGGUGACAACGAGGAGGAAGACGAGGAGGAGGAUUAUGACGAGGAUAAGGCUGGAGGUGACAAUACACCUGGUGAUGAUCCUUGUGCCAGUGCUGGUGAUUAUCGUAGUGCUAGUGGUAUUGGUGGUGCUGGUGGUGCAGGUGCUAGUGUCAGUAGCAGUGGUUUUGGUUACACUGGACCUAAAUCUGGCAAGCAAACUGUUAAACCAUUCACUAAAGAAAGUCUUGACAGACUUGAAAGCAGGACUGUCCAGCUUGUAAGGGAGUACGGGUUUCAGCCGAGGAGAAAAACUUCUGUCGAGGAUGGCGCCGUGCUUCCCAAUAAGUUCGAGCCUUUUCCGUCCGGGCUUUAUGGCAGGCCACUUGAAGAGAUUGAUAAUUUUAUCUACGACGAGAUAUGA